AUGGGGACUAUCAAUUCAGAACUAGACAGUUUGAUAGAGGGGAAAAAGCGUGUGAGGAAUCCUCUUGUUCCCAUUGGUGCACUUAUGACAGCAGGUGUGCUUACGGCGGGGCUAAUUAGCUUCAAACAGGGAAAUUCUCGGUUGGGUCAAAAACUGAUGAGAGCACGUGUUGUCGUGCAAGGUGCUACCGUUGCAGUAAUGGUUGGGACAGCUUAUUAUUAUGGUGACAAAAUUUGAGGAUGAUGGUUGAGAUAGCUCAUUGCAAUGGUUAACAACCCUGUGGAUUCUCACUGUGUGCUUGAUAAAUAAGCAAGUAUCAUGUCUCAGGGUUUCCACUAAAUCUGAAUAUUGCAUUGGCUAGCUCCUUUUAUUUUUUUCAUCAAUAAUUUUACCGCAAAUAUUUGUACUUUUCCUGAAUGCUUCACGAGGUAUUAGGAUUUUUAGCUACUAUAGAGGUAACCAUUUGUUGGUGACUGUCCAUUUGAUUUAAGAGUAUGUGUUGUAAUAUGAAACAUUUAGGACAUCACUAUGUUUUGGAAUUUCUGGUAUCUGAGCAAUAAUGAAUGUGGAACCUUUGUUUGUUCCCGA